ACUGAAUGUGACACAUGAUAAUAAUUCCACCACUCAUAAUCAUAUCCCAGAAAAUUACCAGAAAGACUACAGUGUACAAGCCCCAAGAAUCUGUGUGGAAUCAUGGUGUCCAAAUGUUUCAGCUUCCAUCUUCAUCCCCAUCCCCACCUUGCACUCUCCUCAAAUGGCAAAAUCAAUAUCCCAAAAACCUUAAUUCCUAAACAAAUUUCCAUCCAACAUCAAAUUUACUCCAAUUCCAAUCAAAAGAGAUGUCAUUUUGUUACACAAAUGGCAUCAUCAAGUCAACUCCAAUUUGAUGAUCUUGAUUCAGAUCCUACCCUUAUCAAUGAUGAUCUCCGCCCUACGAAUUCCAAUCAACGAACGUUUUCCGGGGUGGAAAUGGCCAGUUUGUGGGUGGGGCUUGUGGUAGGUGUGCCAUCAUAUUAUCUUGCUGGUAGCCUAGUUGACCUUGGUAUGUCAUGGUGGCAAGGAAUUGCCACUGUUGUUGUGGCCAACAUAAUCUUAUUUGUCCCAUUAGUCCUCACUGGACACCCUGGAACACGGUACGGGAUAUCGUUCCCAGUCUUGGCUCGAUCGUCGUUCGGUAUUCGCGGUGCACAUAUUCCAACUCUUUUAAGGGCAUUGGUUGGUUGUGGCUGGUAUGGAAUUGAAACAUGGAUUGGAGGUGAAGCAAUUUUUCUUCUAUUGCCAAAAGCCAUUAAAGAAUCUUCAGUUUCUCGACCUGUUUCUUGGCUUGGAACUUCCCCUCUUGAAUUUGCUUGUUUUAUUAUAUUUUGGUUAGCCCAAUUGGGAAUUGUGUGGAAAGGAAUUGAUGGAAUCCGUGAACUAGAAAAAUACUCUGCCCCAAUUCUUAUUAUUCUCACUUCUUGUCUUCUUAUUUGGUCCUAUGUUAAGGCUGGUGGAUUCAGUCACAUGCUAUCUUUAUCUUCAAGACUCUCAUCUUCAGAAUUUUGGUCACUUUUUUUCCCAUCACUAACGGCAAAUAUAAGUUUUUGGGCUACUCUUGCGCUCAACAUACCGGACUUUACCCGGUAUGCCAAGAGCCAAAGGGAUCAUAUGGGAGAUGUUAAGAGAUUUGUUGUCUCGUAUAGUGGUAGAUUCGUCAACAUAGACGACGGGUGGAAGUGGUUAGGAAACCGAACAACAUCAAUUGUUGUUCGACAUGAUAUUACAUAUGAAGAGCUUGUACAUAAAUUAUUCGAGAAGCUAAAUGUUGAUAGAAUGAAGUUUCGAAUUCAAUUGAAAUUUACAGUUCCGAACAUGAAUAUACCCCCUGCUGAUGUAGCCGACGAUGAGGAUUUGCAAUGGUUUAUAUCUGUUCACACAGAAGCGGUGUUGUGUGUAAUUACAGAUGAAUAUAAUGCUGGAGAGCACGAACUACAUGUUAGAGUUGAGCCUUUGUCACCAAUAGAAGAUGCAUUGUGUGGACGCAAUGAAGUCGAUAUGUGCGAACUACAAGAGCCACAAACGAUUGAUAAUAUGGAUGAAAGUUUAGGUUAA